AGUCACCGACAUCGCAUGGUUUUCGACUGCUCAACAAAUGAUAUAGGGUGGUCCAUCCCGGAGUACGAAACCUUGAGCUUCGUUCGAUUAUCAUUUAUUUUUCAAAAGCGUUGAAAAUAAGAGAAAAAAAAAGAAAAAACAAAAACAAACAACGUUCGGCGUAACGGUCGACGUGCCUCCUGCCUGAGCCACGAAAUUUUAAACCCGAUUUCAAAUAGUUUCGGGGAAAAACAACACUUGCGACAUUCUAUUACGCCCCACCCUGUGUACAAUGUGAGCUUCUAGAUAGUGACUGCAAUCACUAUAUUAUCACAUCAAAAUAACGAGGGAAGAGGAGGAAUAUACUAGACCGCGCUUUCCACUUUUCAGUAUUAAUCAGGCUCUCGGUUCGCUUAGAUCUGAGAAAAAGAACCUCUGCGAGGGAUAAAUUUUUACUUCAGCUCGCCGCUCGAAUAAAAAUUCUUCGUGCUCUCUUAUAAGUAUACGCAGUCCGAUCGUCAUGCCGCAUCUUGCGAGUGAAUCUUGGUGGAGCCGAGUUGAAAUGGGACCGCCAGACGUGAUGUUGCGUAUAGGAGAGGCUUACGAUCGAGAUCCGAGAACAUUGAAAGUGGAUUUGAGCGCUGGAGUUUACAGGGACUACAGUGGAAAACCAUGGGUACUACCGUCCGUCCGUAAGGCGGAGAUGAAACUCGCGGCGAAAAAUCUCGACAAGGAGUACCUCCCCAUUGCCGGUUACAGAGAUUUUUGUCUGAACAGCGUAAAGUUGGCGCUUGGCGAGGAAUCGGAACUUUUGGCCGAAGGACGGGUCGCGAUGGUUCAGGGAGUCGCGGGGAUCGGCGCCCUUCGCGUUUGGCUGGAAUUCGUUGCGAAAUAUCACGAGGGUCCGAAGGAAGUGUGGAUCAGUGACCCUAGCUACGGAAACCAUGAACCAGUCCUGAAACAUCUCGGUCCGGUAAAAAUCUAUCGCUACUACGAUCCGAAAACGAAAGCUCUCGACUACGAAGGACUCCUCGAAGAUAUUUCGCGCAUGCCCGAGGGAUCGAUUAUUCUUCUCCAUCCCAGCUCUCACAAUCCAAGCGGCGUUGAUCCGACCCCGAAACAAUGGGCGGGAAUUUCGAAAGCCCUGAAAAAGGGGAAAAUAUUCCCUUUGAUCGACAUGGCUUACCAGGGAUUGAAGAGCGGUGACCUAGACAAGGACGCGGCGUCCGUGAGACUCUUCGCUAGCGACGGCCACCAAUUCGCACUCGUGCAAACCUAUUCGAAAAAUCUCGGACUCUACGGUGAGCGCGUCGGUUGUCUGUCGAUGGUUACGGCGAACCGCGAGGAAACCCAACGAGUCGAAUCCCAGCUUAGAAUAGUGAUCCGAACGAUGUACUCGUGCCCCCCAUUACACGGUAUAAGAAUCGCGAACGAGGUAUUCACCGAUCCGGAAUUGAAGGCGCAGUGGCUCCGGGACAUAAAAGUAAUGACGGACAGACUGGCCGACGCCAGAAAAGGAUUGAAAGAAGCUCUUGACAAAACGGGUUCGAAACUCAAUUGGGACCACGUUAUUAGCCAAGUUGGGAUGUUCUGCUACACGGGACUCAACCCCGAAGAGGUGAAACGGAUGCGGGAAGAUCACGGAGUUUACGCCUCGACUGACGGAAGGAUAUCAAUUUCGGGUAUAACACCCGCUAACGUUGAAUUGGUGGCAACGGCGUUACACGAAGCUACGAAGUGAUCCGACUGCUGGAACUCGUAGAUUUGCAAGAAAAAAAAAAAAAAAAAAAAAAAUCCUUCGAUUUACACACGGAGUGAAAAGUGAUGAAAUCGAAAAACUGUCAUUGCAUAGCUUAUUAUAUAACUUAGGUGCAUAAUUAUACGAAUUGUUGUAUUUUUGGUACAUCGAGUCGAAGAAGAAGAAGAAUGAAAAAAAAAAAGUAAAAAAAAAAAACAAAAAACCCUUUUUGAAUAAGA